UUUGUGUUUAUUUCUUGGCAAGCAGGUAGUCGAAAUUAAUUUCGUCCUUGCUUGUGUAUUUACGGAUUCCGUCGGACACCCCGCAAUUACGCUUUCAUUGAGUUCAAAUAAAGAGGCCAGAGUCAGUCAAUUCUUCUUUCAGCAGCCCUUGUUCAUAAUGAGUCCCAUUGAAUGGGAUGAUUUGUUGGACUUGGCCGAACGUCUGGUGAAAGAACGAUUCUUUGUGGACAAUGAACAGAAGCAACUGCAGCAGCUCAAUGAAAAGGUGUGCCAUGCAUCGUCAAAACUGGCUCAACAAACCUGGAUAGCUGGACAGGUACGAGCCAACUUGAGUCGAUUGAUUCAUCAAGGGUGCAAGUCAACAGUUUGCUGUCACAGGCUGAACCAACUGGAAAACAUCUCCUUUAUUGAUGCCCGCAAAAGGCUAGGCUUUGUAGAAUCCCAAAACUAUGGGAUUUUCUUACAUUCCCUGCGCAACUCGCCACAGCUUCUGGCUUCAUGUUUGGCCGAAGCCGAGAAAAUUGGGGCCUUGACGCCUCCUCUCCUUGGUCCAAUGGCUCAUACAUUAGUUGGAGGUCUUUUCGGCGGUUGUAUACUUGCAGAGGACGAACGACUUAUCCUCAAGCUCUUGCGCGAGCUACUUUACCUCCAGGUUGCACCGCACCAAGAACCUAGUCGUAUGUUAAGACCAGCGUCGUGUACUUUCUCUAGGCUUUAUGCUGUUUGGCAUGAGGGGUUGUUUACUGCAAAACUUUUUCUCACUGGAGCCCUGUAUGGACCAAUUUUGAAACUACUGUCUGAUGAUGACGUCUACUUAGAUGCUGACCCCGCAAAAAUGCUGCUCAGAUUUACUCCGGAAGCUAGUGCUCUCAAAUUUGGAAAUUCUGGCACACCAGAGUUUGAAGACGCAACAAAGCGUUACAGGCUGUGGCUUAUCAAUAGGCUAAAUGCUGCGCUGAAUAGCUUCAUUGAGGGAAUUCAAACAAACAUGUUUCUAUUUCCACACCCAGUCAAGUGGAUUGUUAGACAGCUGCAUAUUCUUCUUACCGAAUCAAGUCAAAUAGACCAAAAACAAGUUUGUAUCAUGUGUACUGAUUUGGUGUUUGGAUCGUUCAUCUGUCCAGCCAUUGUUAAUCCAGAGCUUUACGGCAUCACUGAUCUUCCCACAAGUGAUAUUGCUCGAUUCAACUUAAUGCAAGUUGCUCAGAUUCUUCAGCGACUUGCAAUCUGGCAGUGGCAAGAAGUGGAUUCCAAAGUUUUGGACUUGUAUUCUCAAUUUGACAAGAAUUGCCUAUGGUCUAUCAUGGAAGAAAUUCUUGAGGGAAACAACGAAACUUUGGAAGAUGAAGCUGAAAAAUCAACUUCCUUGUCAGGACUUGCUCGAGCCUCCGUGGUUUUGACGGAAAAUGAGCUGCACAGUCUAGUACACUUGCUUCGAUCAGUUAGUAACUCCAACACUGGCAACGUUGAUGAUAAGGCCCUCUCGAGACUGCUCUCCUUGCUACCUCCCUCUUCUCACAAGAUUAGUGAUUUCAAAGAUUCAAAAAGAUCUUCUGCAAAUCCAGCUUUGCUACAACCUUCUUCGUCUGGUCAUUCCCAGAAACAGAAUGAAAGAGGAAAAAACAAAGUCAGUAGAGCUUAUUCAAAUCCUCACGGAGAGUUAAACGGAGUUGAUGAUAAAGCAGACGACGAUGAGCCGUCAAAUAGCCCUGACGAAGUUUUAGUGAUACCAUUCGGAAACGAGACUUAUGAAUAUGUUGGUCUUCUGCCUGAAAACAAAUUUUUAGAACACAACGCUCCUAAUAUGGCAGUAUGUAUGGAUUCCCAAGGAAAUCAGGCCCAUAGUCAUGAGAAGCGAACAAGAUUUUCCCUCUCUCAUGAUGAAGGUUCUAUUGUGUCGGCUGGAAACGUGAGUGACAAUUUAGAGGCAGUAUCAGAGGCUGCUUCAAAUCACAGUGCUGCAUCGUCCCUAGAUAUUGAGGAAGGAGAGGAAAACGAAGAGGAUCAACCAGAUAACCUCUCAGAUAUGGUUUCAGCAAAUGUCUCGGGCAGAGGCACACCAAGCAUUUCUGGCCGAGACACUCCAUCGAGUCAAGUCACAGAGAGCGAAGAGAUGGCAAACGUGAAUCAAGUUCAGCCACGAGUUAUGCCUGAAAGUAAUCGUCCGUCUGCUCAGCUUGGCGAACUUGCUGGGCCUCCUGGAGCUCCCUCGACUAUGCCAACUCCAAAACAGCACUCCAGAACUGACAUAGAUGAUAAGUUUGGCAAAUUUGAAAUCAAGAAGCUCAUCGAAGGAGAUGAGACUUUCUCACUUGUCUCCGACACUUGGAGCACUGAUGUCCUUGCAAGUGACAGCGAAAUGGUGGAGCACUCUUCAGAGAACAACUUCCCAGUUGGCCACCCUAUUGCAAUGUUGCAUCAGUCGGCAAGGGCAAAUGAUCAAAACAUUCCUUCGGUUGGCAUGCUGGACGUGUCGGAGACAGCGUCCGAAGCUUGGAGUACUGACGUAAUGGCCUCAGACUCUGAGCGUAUGGGGGAGGUUGACACGGAUGAUGCUGGAAGUGUAGCUAGGUCUGAUGAUGUGGGCCGAUCCGAGAUUGAUGGUGAGAACAACCGAGAUACUCCUCCCUUGGCUGCUGCGCUCUCCUUCCGGCCCAUAAGGAUGGAGCUCCCUGUGUUGCGCGAGUGUCCGGCACCAGUUGUUGUUCCUCCUAAAGUUAGCUUCCCGGCACCGAACAGCUCGCCCCUUCGCAACAAUAAUGAUCUGUAUCUUCCACCAUCCCCUCCAAGCAGCGUUACUGCUGGAGAGCAGAGAGAAGAAGGGGCCGAAGGGGAGAGUAAGUUGAAGCCCGAUAAUAAAGCGAGGAUGCUGUCCUCUAGCACAAGGUCGGAGGACUCCACUGACAGCAAGCAGACCAACUGCAGUAUUGGUCUUGACGUUGAAACAGUAGCAUCUCCUGUCCCGAGACUGAGCACAACAAGUUUGGCGUCAUCCAGCAGCAGCAGCAUGGGAGCCGGGAGUGAUGCACGCGGACAGUCAAACACGCCAGUUUUGCAGGAAAAUAGUGUUGAGGUUAGAGCCGAUUCCUCUCUAAGCAACAAAACCACAACAAACAUUCCAAGCUCAUCUACAGGCGCCAUUCCGAAAAGCAUCAGCUUCGACAAGACUGCAGAAAGGGGUGAUAGGGAUCAAGAUGAUGAAGCUAAAAACAAAAGGGGUAGUUUUUUCAGGAAUAUAAAAUUGCCUUUCAAAUCGCGUACGAGGAAGUCGACCAGAUCCAGCCAUGAUGAUAGGGGGAACCCUGACAAUAAUGAUGCCGUGUUCAGAAAUAGGAGAAAGGGGGAGGAAAAUAAUAUCAUGGAUUCUGAAGAAAUACUUGCUAAGUACCGCCGAAAACCUGGGGGCCAGGCUUCUUGCUUAAGGCAAGACUCUAAAGAAGGCAGAGAAAAUGGCAUCGACGAAGAUGAAGGCGAAGACGAGCACCUCCAAAUCGACCCUCAGCAUCCAGAAUUGAGCUAUGCUUUUGCAGAUGCGAAGCGUAAGCUCAGGUUGGUCCUCAGUAUUGUGGAUGCUGAAGGUGUUGGCCGAAAAGUUCUCGACAGGAGAAAUUCCCGUUGCAGAGCUUCCGAGAAAUUAACAAUGCUUUUGAAGUUACUUCUAACAGAGGCUAUGAGCAUGCAGGAUGAAGGAUUGAUUGCACAGAUUCAAGAGGCUUUGCGUUGCGUGCUCUUGUUUGACGACGCUGGUUGCCGCAAAUUGAUCCAAAGCCUUAAAGACGACUACUUCAAACGAGCUCCAUACAUUGCAUACAUUACAAGAAGCAAAACGGGACUCCUCACUACAUAUUCUUCAAUCAAAAAGCUUGUGGAGCGUAUAAGAAGAGAGAAGGCUGGUUGUGGCCGCUAUUUAAUUAAAAUGUGCAUACGAUUAUACCUGGAGCAGAGGGAAGAUAUUUUACAUGAUUUUGAGAGUAACUUUCAACAACUCACAAUGCCAGAUGAAAAAACAGAGCUUUUAUAUACUUUCCUUGAAGAGCUGGCUUCUGAAAUGGAGAGAGAUGCUUUGUGGAGAAUCACAAACGAAUCCAGAUUGGAUAUAGCACGUCAGAUUGUUGAGCAGACUGUGAUCAGUAGAGUCUAUAUGAAUGCCCUCUACCCCAAUGGGGAGGGAGACAUCUCCAGAGAUCAGGUUUUACAUGAACACAUGAAGCAUCUUUCUGAGAUCAUUACGCUGAACCAUAAGGAUAUGAGAAUUCCAAAGUCAUUCCAGUAUGAAUGCCCUUGGCCCAGCGCUCAAGCCAAAAUCUCUGUCUUGAAUGCUUGCAAGACUCCCAAAGACAAAGUGCAAUGCGUUGUCGACUGUGCCAAGACCAUAAUGCGGCUGCUUGAGCUUGCCCACAAUCAGUCCACUCCAGCUGCAGACGACUUCACUCCUGUGCUUGUCUAUGUGCUCAUUAAGGCAAACCCUCCAAGCUUGCUGAGCACCGUGCAAUACGUAAAUAACUUCUACGGCUCUCAACUCUCUGGAGAAGAGGAAUACUGGUGGGUUCAAUUUUGCUCUGCCAUCGAGUACAUAAAAACCAUGGAUUAGUUAAGGUCAGGAUUUCGAUUCUUAUUAUACUAGCGUUGGUGCAUAGUUAAAUCCAGCCCUCGCUAAAGGAUUCUCUCUUCCACCCUGGCUCAUGUAACGAUCAAAGUCUACUCAAUUUUGUUUCCUCCCUAGCUUCAAAGCAAAAUUAACGUUGAAAAAAUGUUCUUAAAAAAUGCCUGAAUUAUUCAAAAUUCUACCAUCAAGUUAGCGCUAAAUCAAUAAUAGUCUUUAUUUUUUACCAUGUAAUCUGGAUUUCACUAAGAAAAACACGGAAUAAUAAUAUUAGAUUAUUGUAUAUUCUCCAUAUAGACUGCUUUUUACCAAUGUAAACAUUUUUGGCUUGUUACAUUUGAAAGAUAUUUUGCAAAUUUAAUUACUUUAAAUCACAACUGAUCACAACUUAUUAACAAUAUUGCAAACUAUCAAUGAGUUAAAACAGAUACAUAAUUUACAAUAUAUCUAGAUCUAGUCUGUUAAAUUUUAAAGGACCUUCUCUGCUCUAUACAAAAAAUUUUGUUGGAAUUUAUUCAGCAAAUCUCUUUACUGUUUGAAUGGAUAUAAUACAUAUUGAAACACAAAAUGCUAUGUAUUUAUGCGUUGGUGUUACUUUUGAAUUGCUGCUGUAAAUUUUCCACUCUUUUCAGAUGUUCUAUAAAUUAUAGUAUUUUACCUUUUAUCCUUGGUGAUCACAUUAUUAUCGCUUACAAAUAAAUAAAAGUAAUAUAUUUCUAAAUAUUUAAUAACCAACAA